AUGGAAAGCGUGGCGCAUUCUCGGCAACCAAACAAGGUUUCCGUUACGCAUUCCAAGAAAAUCACCAACGGCGGCAGCACCGGUGGCUUCUCGGCUAAGACUCUAUACGACGACGUUUACGGUGGUCCACCGAAGUUCGCCGCCGCCGCCACCGCCACCACCCUCUCGCCUCGCUUCGAAGACUACAGCGAGAUUUUCGCGAGCUUCCAGGCCGUUCGGGCCUCCUCCAUUCCGGUAUUGGAUCUUCCGGCGGUCGACGGCGGCGAGGUCUUCGUCGACUUCCGAAGCUCCGCCUUCGACUACGCCGAGGUAUUCGGAGGUUCGGACGGCCUAGAUUUUUGCGUCUCGUACGAGGAAUUGUUUCGUGACGGUGUCUCUGAAGAAGAAGAAGAAGCCUGGACUCCAGUGGAAACUGAUUCAUUCUCCGGAGAUUUUGAUCAUUUUGGAAAUAAUCAAGGCAUAUCCAGCGGAGAUAUUUUCCAGUCUGUUGAUGGAAGUACAGAGUUCAACCUUUUGUAUCAUAAGGUGGGGAAAACUCACAUAACUCAGCUGCAUACUGUUCCUGGUUUCACUCAUGUAGUUGAUGAAACCACACGCUUCCAUAGGACUGAUCCAUCCUUACAGGUUGUUGAUGAUAUUGACCUUGAUAUGGAAUUUAAUGCAAGCAAGGCAAAGAGAAACUAUCCGAGGAAAAUGGUUUCACAUCCAUGUAAUUUUACUUCUGGUGAACAGAUUCUUGGUAGUAGUGAUCUUAAUCUGCAUGAUGGAUGCAACAAAAUUGGUUCUCAUUCCAGUGAGACGUUCAUAACUGUGUCUGACAUCAGCCUCAGAACUCUACCCUCUCAAGUGCCGCCCCCUUCUCGGCUACCACCUCUAUUAGAUGCUAACAAGGGGUACACUAGUGGAUUUCAUUCAAACAAUGAGCGGGUUGAUUGUGAAGAGACCCUAGGCGACAGUUCACCGCCUUUCUAUGAUGUGGAGGUUGAUAUGAAUUCAUCUGCCGCUGUUAUGAAAGUAGCAAUGCAUAGACCUGAACCGAAACUUAUGAGUGCCAAAGAAAUGAAGGAGAGAAAGAAGGGAGAUUUUGAAAGCAAUGUAAAAUCAAGUUAUGAUGUAAAAAAUAAGGGACCAAAGAUGAGUGAGAAUAUAACUAGAUUUAAUAGUUUGAAUGGUGAGAGAAUUCAGGCAACUUGUGAUCCGGGUUCUGGCAAAAUGAGAAUUUCUGCCACAGAUGAAAAGCGGAAAGCUAGGAAGGCUGUCCCAGAAACUCCAGAACCAUUGGAAGGGGAAAGACUUUUAAACAUGUUUGAGGAAAAGCACAUCAAGGAAUCCAGGUCAUCUCAAGAAUCAAAUAGAAGUGCUGGAUUUGGGACAUGGAAAGAAGCAACUGAAUUUUUGGAAUUGGUGGGAACAGAAGAAUCUGGAAAGUUAAUUCAGCCCAUAAAUCAUGCUAAGAGUUUGGUGCAAGAUAACAGAAAAUAUGACCGUGGAAGGAAAGAAAGAGAAGCAUCUAAUAUUCAAGAAGAAUACAAAAAGGUAAAAGCAAUCGCGGAAAGUAAUCAGCUGGAGGAAUACAAGAAGAAAUCUAAAGCGGUAAAAGAGGCUUUUGAACAGGGCAAAAACAUUAGGAGAUCUAAAUCAUCUAAUGAGGAAUGCAGGCAAAGAGAGUAUGUGAAAAAUGAUGAAAUGACCGAAAUCUUUGAGUUAGAAAAGAGUGAGAAGAAGGCAAGAAUGGUUCACCAGCAUGGGAAAACUGAAAAGAAAGUAACCAAAGCUGGCCAAUCAGGAAGCUUAAAAGAUGUUUCUGAGAUACAAUGCAAGGAGCUUAAAAAUGUGGAAAUUGAGAAAUCAAAAGAGGUUGAGAAACAAACACUAAGUGAUGUUCAGUGGAGCAUGAAGCUUAAGGAAAAUGAAAAGAAACUAAAAGAGGAUGAAGAACAAUGGCUGAAUGUGAAAAGGCACAGACGGUCACAGAAAAUGAAAGAAAAUGGAAAAAUUCAAAAAGCAGAGGGUGAGGAAAAAGUGAAAGAUUCUGUGAAGCUGGAAAAAAUUGAUGAAAGAUCAAAUGAGGCUUUUAAGCUGGAUAGCCCAGAGGAAAUUGCAGCUUGCAAAAGAGAAAGUGAAUUCAUCUUAAAACAAGAAAAACAGCUUCAGAACAAGAAAGGACUGAAAGAGGCAUGUGAAACCAAAGAAAUUGAGAAAAGCCUAAAUGGUUCUAUUAAAAAGGAAGAAAGUGAUGAAGGUCUAAAGCAUGCUCUUGGGCUGGUAGAGAAUGAAAAUGGAGUUAAAGAAGACUUUGAAUCUGAAAUGAGUGAGAAAAGAACUAGAGAGGCUUUCGAGCUGCGGAAAUUUGAGGUAUGUGAAAGAGGUCAGGGUGAGGAGAAAUUUAGAGAGGUUUGUGAUGGGUAUGGAAAAGGAUAUAAACUUAAAGAAGUAGGUGAUAGCAGAGGGAUUCGGAAAGUUCUGAAACAAGCUCCAGAGCUAGAAAGGAAUACUGGAAAUGAGGCUCAGAGGAAAAAAGAAAUUGAGAGCCCAUCAAACCAAACAUUUGACAGGGAAGGAAGUGUAGAUAUAUCAGAUGACUAUAGUCACUUCGAGCAAUCUGAGAAGGUACUCAAAGAUGCUGUUAGGAAUGAAAAAGAUAAGGGAUUGGACAAAUCUUUAGAGCGAAUGGAAGGGAAUGGAGAAAGGAUAAACAUGAAGUUUGUUGAAGAAACCAAAGAGACAUGGAAACCGGUGAGUGAUGAAAAUCUUCUGGCAGCUCACUCAUCCUCCAUUCAUGUAAAAAAUAUUGAAGAACAAGAGGCAUCACAAGAACCUAUUGCUGACCAAGAAAUUGGAAAGACAGGAGCUGACUGCAAUGUUGGUGAGAAGAAAUUGGAAGAGGUAGGGGCGGAAAAUGUACUGGCUAAUGGGAACAAAAGAGAUUCUGAAAUGCCCCCGGGAAUAGCAGAGAGUUCAGGGACACAAUCAGGAAAGGUGGAUUACAGUAUGACAUACACGGAUGAACUUGGUUUUAGUAGUGAGCAGACAUGCACAAAGAAAACUAAGACAGUCCCUGAAAUGAAAUUUGAUCCUAAAAGACAAGAGGGGAGAAUUACUCAUGAAUGGAGCGAGAGAGGAAGGAUUAAACAGCAAUGGAAUGUUGCACUAAACAAUGAAGAAAGCAGGGAGCAAAUGUCAUCAAGUGAAGUAAACACAUGUGGUGAUUACAGAGGGAACACUGUAGCAGAUGAACUUGCAACAAUGCAAGAAGCUUCAAAUGUCCAGAAAACUUCUCAAAGGCCUCAUUUAGCCCAUUCCACUAAAAGCAAAGAGAAGAAUCUUAAUGAAACUCCUUCCUCAGUAGAGAAAGAUGCUGAAAGAAUGAGAAGAGAAAGAGAAUUGGAAAAAGAUCGUCUUAGAAAGUUAGAAGAGGAGAUGGAGAGAGAAAAAGAAAGACAAAAAGACAGAAUGGCUGUUGACAGAGCAAUGCUGGAGACUGAGAGGGAAAGGGAAAGAGAAAAGGAUAGAAUGGCUGUUGAAAGAGCAACUUUUGAGGCUCGUGAUAGAGUAUAUGCUGAAGCUCGUGAAAGAGCAGAAAGGGCUGCAUUUGAGAGAGCAACUGCAGAAGCUCGACAAAGAGCACUGGCUGAUGCCAGGGAAAGACUCGAAAAGGCAUGUGCUGAGGCCAGGGACAAAUCAUAUUCUGAUAAGGCAGCUGCAGAGGCCAGAUUGAAAGCAGAGCGUGCUGCUGUAGAAAGAGCAACUGCAGAGGCCCGAGAGCGUGCAAUGGAAAAAGUAAAAGUUGAGAGGGCUGCAUUUGAGUCCAGAGAACGAUUAGAGAGAUCCGUAUCUGAAAAAUUUGGUGUUUCUUUCAGAAAUGAUGGAAGACAGGGCUCUUCAUCCUCAGAUAUGCUGGAUCCACAUUUUCAGAGCAUUAGUUCUUCCACUGGUUCCCACUAUCCAUAUUCCUCAGUUUAUGGUGCUUCCUCUUUUUCUGAGAGAUCAGAAAGAGAAGGUGAAUCAGCUCAGAGGUGUAGAGCUAGACUGGAGAGGCAUCGCCGAACAGCUGAGCGUGCUGCAAAAGCUUUGGAAGAAAAGAACGUGCGCGACCUACUAGCUCAAAAGGAGCAAGCUGAGAGAAAUAGAUUAGCGGAGACCCUGGAUGCUGAAGUCAGGAGGUGGUCAAGUGGAAAAGAAGGAAACUUGCGUGCAUUACUUUCAACUUUGCAAUAUAUCCUUGGGCCUGAUAGUGGGUGGCAGCCAAUCCCACUCACGGAGGUCAUUACUUCUGCUGCUGUAAAGAAAGCUUACAGGAAGGCCACCCUUUGUGUUCAUCCUGACAAAUUACAACAACGUGGAGCAAGUAUUCAGCACAAAUACAUAUGUGAAAAAGUCUUCGAUCUAUUAAAGGAAGCUUGGAACAAAUUCAACUCAGAAGAGCGAUAGCACACCCUGUUCUGUUUUUGAGUGUGGACCUUUCCAAUGGAGGAGUUCCCUUCCCUGGGAAUGUCGCAAUCCUGUAGUCGGAUACCUCAGUAAUUAUUUUAUCAUCGUCUACGUUCUGUGAUAAUAUUCCCUGAAUAUUUAUAUGUAAGAAAUAUUCAUCCCACGAGAGGCAAGAAAUUAAGAAAUUCACUAGUAAAUAUAUACAAAAGCAUAUAUAAGA